AUGGAAAUUUCUAAUGAUACUCCUAUAUCCGAUACAACUGAUAAUGCUCUUGCAUCCAAUAUAUCCGUUAAACCUUCAAAUUCUAAUGAUGUUCAUGAACAAAUUGUCACACAGAAUGGGGAAUCUAUCAUAUCUAACCACGAGACACAAAGUGUCAUUUCUCUCGAAAUAGUAUCUGCUUCCGGCAAUUCUGAUAUACAACAGGAAUUAGAGAUCUCCACAUCUCCUAUUCCCGCAAAAACUAUAUCAUUGGAAGAGAAAAUCAUAACUUCCCAGGAUACCAAAUCUUCUUUGAGUGUAAAAGGUGGACAGGGGUUGAUCCAAGAAUUAUUUACUCUAAAGCCGUCUCUACAAGAAUCGCAAAUAAUUCAAAACCAUGUGAGUGAAAUUUCAGAGACCAGCGGUUCCGGAGAAUCUAACAUUGACGAAGCAUGGCAACAUCUAACUCAAUUAUGUAAUAAAGCUUUCGAUGCUGAAGAUAAAGCAAAUCGAGCUAAUCAAGAAGAAAUUUUAUAUUGGUCUCUUUAUGCAAAGGAUUUUAGACUUCAAUAUAAUGAGAUUAUAGUGAGUAGCGGAGGUAAAAUUAGUGAAAAGAAGGCAAGAAGCUUACUGUAUGAUUCCAUUAACGUUGAUACAGAUAAUGCGGAAUAUCAAUUUUCGUCCGAAAAUACUGAAAUUUCCGAGACCGGCGGUCCCAGAAAAAUCUCAUCUGAAAUAGAGACAAGUAAUAUAAUCACUCCCUCCAGCAAUUCAGAAAAUAAGAUAAUUGAGGAAGUCUUACGAAGUGAGGAUGCUACUGCCUCUAAAUCUUUACCGGAAACCAAGACCAAGGUAAGUAUAUCUACUGAAUCUCAUGUUUCCAAUUUAUCUAAAGCCGAG